UUUUGCGUAACUUUGAGACCAUUUGGGGAUAAUUUUUUGUGUAAUCGAUAAGGGGAAAAAUACAAUUUUUUGUUGUACAUGGCAUCAAAUAGACUCACAAUGGAAAAAACGAUGGAAGACCAAUGCGAGACCAAUUUGAUGAAGGGGGAUGGGAAGGAAAAAGAAGUCAGCGAUGAGAAGUUGUCUAUGUCGGCUCAGAGGCUACUCGAGCGGAACACGCUUAAACUGCAGGAACUCAUCGAGAGUAGCUACACAAAUUGUAUAAAGAAAAGCGACAGAGAUCAUUUCCGCCAGUACACCCCAAGAGUAAUGUGUGGCAACCCGUGCGAGUAUUUCCCAUCGACUCCUCUUUCCGAUUUUCAAAGGUGCGUGCAAGGAACCUACCAGCAACACCUGGCGGCGAAGGAACUGAAGAAAAAGUCUUGGAAGUAUCACAAGAAAUAUACAACUUGGUUUUUGCCGUGCGAUAACAACAUUCGCAUGCUGAAUGACAAAACGGAGCAAGGAACCUACCUGUCCUUUGACUACGAGUCGAGUACG